AUGCGCCCUCUGUCCUCGUUCGCGGGUGGAGCAGCUAUUGCCCUCGGCCUGGCCAGCAGCGUCUUCGCUGCUCCCGGGCUAAAGGCCUGUCUCCCUGACGACGGCAUCGAAGUUGUAGAGCUCCAGCCUGUCGAAGUCAUUUGUGAUGGCAAAACGCUCACCAGCACAAUCACUCGGCACUACACCGAGUACCCAGGGUCCUCUAAGUUCCCGAGUGACCUGGGAGGAUCUGGCUCGCCCGAUUCCCCCACGGCCCCGGGGUCCCCUGUCCCUUCAGGAAAAGAGCCUCCCUGCAAGGACUGUGUGACUAUCACGACCACUGUUGACACUCCUUUCUGUACUACAAUUCCUCCCGCUACCAAGGGAGGUCCCUCAACUGUUAUUACUGGUGUUGCUCCUCCAUGUGAGGAUUGCAUGACGAUCACCACUACUGUUCCCUCUCCUUUCUGUACUACCAUUCCCCCGGCUACCGAAGGUGGACCUUCAACUGUCAUUACUGGUGUCCCUCCUGUAUGUGAGGGCUGCGUUACUGUCACCAAGCCAGGACCAACUUCUUAUAUCUCUUAUAUCCCUCCUGCCUCUGAUGGCGGCAAGACAACACUAGCAAUAUGCCCUGGCCCAGUCACGGUAACUGUGACCGCCAAGGUACCUGCUUCUACCUUUGUGAGCGCUUCAUCUGGCUGCACCUACUGCACGGCCACACUGAUUGUGCCUCCGGUUCGCACAACCCUGACCCAUACUGGUCCUGUUCCUGGCACAGCUACUAUCCCCGCUUCUGCUGGUUGCACUAAAGGCUGUGGAGGUACUGUCGUUGUUACAGUUACUCCUGGACCUAAACCAACUGGUCCUAUUGUAACAUUGACCACUACUGGCCGUGCCCCCGGCACAGAGACUAUCCCUCCUGCGACAGAUUGCUCUAAGUUAUGCACUACCACCAUUCGGGUCACCUCAGUCCCCAGCCUGUCAAGCACAGGUCGAUUGACAACAAUCACCACAACCGGUUCUGUGCCUGGUACAACCACAAUCCCCCCUGCCUCAAGUUGUCCAACAUGUGAGGGUACUGUAGUUAUUACGGUUCCUCCAGCUUCUUUUAUAACGCUCACUAUAACCGGUUCUGUACCCGGUACUACUACAGUACCUCCUGCCUCUAAUUGCCCUACUUGUGAAGGCACGGUUAUAGUUACAGUCCCCCCUGGCUCCUUCACAACAGUUACAACUACUGGCACUAUCCCUGGUACUACUACAGUGACCCCAGCUUCAAGCUGCCCUACCUGUAUAGGCACUGUUAUAAUUACGGUCCCUCCACCUUCUUUCACAACAAUCACUACAACCGGUUCUGUCUCUGGUACUACUACAGUUACCCCAGCUUCAAGCUGCCCUACCUUCACAACCACUGGCACUGUCCCUGGUACUACAACAGUACCCCCUGCCUCCAAUUGCCCGACCUGUGAAGGCACUGUAAUCAUCACUUCGGUUCCUCCAGCGUAUACAACAACUACCAGUUUCGGUUCAGUCACUUUGCCUACAACAACUACUCUGACUAAUACUGGAACCGGGACCAGAACCGUUGUGGUUAUUGUGCCUACCCCUUCAAAGCCCGUCGUAACUAUUACAUCUACUGGUACAGGCACAGUACCUUCAGCGACUACUAUUACAGGCACUGGAACCACUGGGACUGACACUGUUAUCACCUUCAUCCCCUCUACAUCUGAACCUGUUAGGCCAACUAUAACUAUUACAUCUACUGGUACAGGCACAGUACCUUCAGCAACUACCAUUACAGCUACUGGAACCACUGGAACUGACACUGUUAUCACCUUCAUUCCCUCUACUUCUGAACCUGUUAGGCCAACAACAACUAUUACAUCUACUGGUACAGGCACAGUACCUUCAGCAACUACCAUCACAGCUACUGGAACCACUGGAACUGAUACUGUAAUUACAUAUGUUACAGCAACUACUGAGCCAAUUGCUACCAGGCCAACUACAACUAUUACAUCUACUGGUACAGGCACAGUACCUUCAGCAACUACCAUCACAGCUACUGGAACCACUGGAACAGACACUGUCAUCACCUUCGUUCCACCGGCUCCUCGGACCACAGUCACUAUUACAUCCACAGGAACACGAACUGGCAUUACAACUGUCCCACCUGCGACCUCUGGUGAUCCAUCAACUGUUAUCAUCUUUACCACGAUUCCAUCCAGUACUGUUCCUGUCACGUCGUCCUCAACCACGCGACCUGGUGGGGUCACAACUCUAACAUCUACGGGCACGACUACAGGACUCACAACCAUCCCUCCUGUCGUCAGUAAUGGCACUACUGUUGUCAUUACAUUUGUUACGCCUUCAGCUACUUCCCCUUCUAGCACUUUAUCUGAGGCGUCAACCACUUCAUCUGAGGCAUUAAGCACUUUAUCUUCAACCACUUCAUCUGAGGCGUCAAGCACUUUAUCGUCAACCACUUCAUCUGAGGCAUUAAGCACUUUAUCUUCAACCACUUCAUCUGAGGCAUCAAGCACUUCGUCUGAGGCGUUAACCACUUCAUCCGAGGCGUCAACCACUUCAUCGCCAACCACUUUAUCGUCAACCACUUCAUCUGAGGCAUCAAGCACUUUAUCGUCAACUACUUCAUCGCCAACCACUUUAUCGUCAACCACUUCAUCUGAGGCGUCAACCACUUCAUCUGAGGCAUCAAGCACUUUAUCGUCAACCACUUCAUCGCCAACCACUUCAUCGCCAACCACUUUAUCAUCAACCACUUCAUCUACAUCUAGGGCAUCAACCACUUCAUCAUCAACCACUUCGUCUACAUCUAGGUCGUCAACUGCUACAUCUACCACCAGUACUUCGACCAGCACGACGCAAUCUACUACAAGCUCCACCACUACACGCCCUACCACUGUUUUCACGACUAUUACUCUGGCUACCACAAGUACUGGGCUCACAACCAUUGGUACUGGUAGUACUCGCACUGUCAUUACAUAUGACUGUACUGUGACUCAAACCCGCUCAGUCUCGGCGGUUGCUACAAACUCGGCUGCAAACACUUUUAUUGUACCAGCCUGCGCUACGGCGAUGCGUUUCAUUGUUGCAGGCGGUAAAGGUGGAGCUCCUGUGAUUAAUGGUGUAGAGGGCGACAACGGUGCUGCUGGUGCUCAACUAUCGGGAACAGUAUCUGUCACACCGGGACAAAGCGUGGUGCUUUUGGCAGGUGGAAGGGGGGGAAUUGGCCGGGCUUCUGGGGUCAGUCCCGGUGGAAUUGGAUAUGGUACAGGCGGUACUGCCACGGACCUCGCUGGUGGUGGUGGUGCGGGAUCGUCCUUGACACUGAAUGGCAGGCUACUUGUUGUCGCUGGUGGUGGUGGCGGGGGAGGCAGGUAUACAGAUCUUGACGCUACCAAUCCUCAAGUUGUUACCUACUCUGGUGACAGUGGCAAGGGCGGAGGCUCCAAUGGUAACACUGCUUACAUCUCGUUGAGGGCAACUCCUAACCAGCACACUGUCACUAUUCAGGGUGGUCGAGGAGGUGGCGCAAGUGCCCCCGGCGCCGGAGGAACUGUUAGUGGAAGUCCCACCUUAUCUACCAACGGUGCUCCCGGCAAUGGCAUGAAUGGUGGUAAUGGUAGACCAGGUCUCGGGACCACAAAUCUAGGGUCUGGAGGAGGUGGAUCUGGUUACUACGGCGGUGGCAGUGGAGCUGUUGCCCAGAAAACAGUCGGCACUAAUCCACCAGCCGCAGCAGGUGUUCAAGGUGGUGGUGGUUCUAACUACCUCGCCAGCGGAGUGACUGCUACAAGCAGUAUAAAUGACCGACCUGGCUUUGUCACUGUUGUCUUCUUUGGCUAG